UAUGGAACUGGAUGAAAACCAGAGAGUGACCUACGACAAGAUCAAGCUACUACCAAAAGCUGAGCUGCAUGCGCACAUUAGUGGAUCAGUUUCUUAUGAGACGUUAUCAAAGUUUGCAAAAACUGAAUCUCAGAAAGACAAGCUACGUCUAUGGUUUGACAAUGACUUCAAGAAGUUCACGCCAACAUUAAAACAAAUAUUCGACGCGUUCGCUCCAAUGCAAGACAUAUUGAGUGACGAGCUGGCUUUGAAAUCGGCAAUUGAAGAUAUCGUUCGAAGCUACUCGGAAGAGAAUGUCAAGUACCUCGAACUCAGAACCACUCCAAAAGAGCUUCCAAGUUUAUCUGCUGAAAAAUUUGUUUCAACUGUGGUGGAAACUCUAAUGCAAUCCGAACAGAAGUACGCCAUCAAAUGUCGCCUCCUGCUUUCAGUCAAUACGCGGCACUCGGCACAAGCCAGUGAAAAAGUUCUCAAAAUGGCGGCUGCCGAUUCGUCAGGUUACAUCGUGGGAGUCGAUCUCAGUGGGCCUCCAGUUGAAGAUUUGAAUAUUUCAACAAUUGUUCACGUUUUGAGAGGUGCUAAAUCAACUGGGUUGAAAGUGUCGGCUCAUAUUUGUGAAAUUGACGAAUCUAAAGAUAAAAACAGUUUUUCUCUGGCUGAGGCACUGCUGCAAGGUGGAGUAGUGGACAGAAUAGCCCAUGGGACUUAUCUAUUUUCCAGACCAGAUCUGUCUCUGAAAGUGAUAGAUGCAAAGUUACCAGUAGAGAUAUGUCCGACAUCUAAUUUUUUCACCAGUGAAAGGCGCUUCACAUCUUGUCGUGAUCUCCAUUUUGACGAACUUUUCCAAAUUGGGCACCCAGUAGCCAUCUGCUGUGACGACAGAGGUCUCUUCAAGUGUUCACUCACAGACGAGUUUCUCCAAGUGGCAUCCGAUUGCUCUUUAACGAUGAAUCAGAUCCAAACUUUAGCUAAAGACUCGUUCACAUUUGCCUUCAAUCUGCAGUAAAAUUAUGUCAACUUUUUCUACCGCCAUUUGUUUUCUUUUAAUACUUUUAUAAAAUGUUUGUGAGGGCAGUUGCGGAUUUAGGGGGGCCGAAGACCCCCUCAAGAAAUGAAAC